AUGUCCAAGGUGGAUGGGAGUUUUAAAUAUAACCCCGUUGGUGUUAACUUCCUUACGGAGUGUGCAAAAGUUCUCUUUGCAAUUGUUAUGCUUGUGAUCCAGGUACAUUUGGCUUUUUUCCUCACUUCAACUUCAAAAUAUUAUCUUUUUUGUUUUCAUGUUUUCCUUGAGGGAAAUGUGUCGCAUAUAAUGCAAUGUGGACUAUGUAUUAGCAAAGCUAGACGGCAGAAAGUUGGAGAGAAGCCGCUUCUCUCAAUUUCCACGUUUGUGCAGGAGAAUUUAUAUUCUCUAGCUCUAUAUGCUGAUAAAGAUACAUGCUGGAUAGCUGCACAGUUAAUAGACACCGCUGCGCUGCAGGAGUCAAUUGCAGUGUUUUUUUCCCUUUCCCAUGAUGAGGAAAUUAUGCCUAAAGAGUGCUAA